UCGGUGAAAAGAAGAGCGUUUUAAAGUACUACUGUGAUGGAAUCGACAAACCAGUGUUACUGCUGCCUGCAGCGGCCUUCGGCGAAAGAUUUGUGUACACCGUACACUCGUCUCGGCAUAACGGAAAUAUAUUCGGUCAUGAUCGAAGAAUGCUUUGUAAUCAAACUGGCACCAAGCGACAAUGGCAAGAGUGGUAUCUGCGAGGUGUGUCUGGGGCGCCUGCGGGAGGCGUGCCACUUCAAAAUGCAGGUGCAGCACUGCCAGGCCGAGCUGCAGGAGAGGUUGGAGGGAGGACUGAGUGUCAAAGACGAGGAAGUCUUCGAUGAACCUGAAGAUGGCGCAUGCAGCGAGCCUUCCGAGCCUUCUCUACGUUCAGACGAGGAGUCCCCAGUCCCGCCGUGUGAAGACUGGCCGCCUGACGAACAUCUGUUACUGUGUUCAGCCGGCGAGUACGGAGUGAGCACGGCUCCUCUGUCCCUGCGCUGUAGGCAGCAGCUCGCGAUGGCGUGCUCCGUGAGGCUCGAGCGCCUCCGCGACUCCCCGCGCGCGAGCCAGCCGUGUCCCGUGACGUCACACCGCGAGCCGAGCCAGCCGCGUCCCGUGACGUCACAUCGCGAGCCGAGCCAGCCAUGUCCCGUGACGUCACACCGCGAGCCGAGCCAGCCGUGUCCCGUGACGUCACAUCGCGAGCCGAGCCCCGCCAGCAGUGUGCAGGACGCGCUAGCUCACACACCCACCGAGGAACAAGCACAAACACACGUCACUCGCCCCACACACACCCCACACUCUUCUAGUGUAAUCACACAUCAACAAGACCAUAUCGCACCACAAACGAAUAAGAAGACCUACUAUUGCGACAUGUGUAGUCAGCAAUUUACGUCAAAACUUACUUUAAUCCGACAUAUCAGAACACAUGCACACCCGGAACAUACAUGCGGAGUUUGUAAUGAAGCAUUCCUAAAUAUCUUAUUACUGAAUAAGCAUUUAAGCUUUCACUCAUGUAAAGAAUGUAACAAAGAAUUCACACAAAAAAAUCACGUAGUUAUCCAUGAAAGAACCCAUACUGGAAUGAAACCAUACAAAUGUACAGAAUGUAACAAGCAAUUUUCAAGAAAAGAUAAUUUAGAGGUCCACAAAAGAGUCCAUAGUGACGUUAAACCAUACAAAUGUAAAGAAUGUAGCAAAGAAUUCACAACACAAUAUUCUUUAGUUAUCCAUGAAAGAAUCCACAGUGGAAUGAAACCAUACAAAUGUAAAGAAUGUAACAAAGAAUUCACACAAAAACAUCACUUAGUUAACCAUGAAAAAAUCCAUAGUGGAAUAAAACCAUACAAAUGUAAAGAAUGUAGCAAAGAAUUCACAACACAAUAUUAUUUAGUUAUCCAUGAAAGAAUCCAUAGUGGAAUGAAACCAUACAAAUGUAAAGAAUGUAACAAAGAAUUCACAACACAAUAUUCUCUAGUUAACCAUGAAAUAAUCCAUAGUGGAAUGAAACCAUACAAAUGUAAAGAAUGUAACAAAGAAUUCAUAUAUAAACAAUCUUUAGGUAUCCAUGAAAGAAACCAUAGUGGAAUUAAACCAUACAAAUGUAAAGAAUGUAACAAAGAAUUCACACAAAAACAUCACUUAGUUAACCAUGAAAGAAUCCAUAGUGGAAUAAAACCAUACAAAUGUAAAGAAUGUAACAAAGAAUUCACAUAUAAACAUUCUUUAGUUAUCCAUGAAAGAAUCCAUAGUGGAAUGAAACCAUACAAAUGUAAAGAAUGUAACAAAGAAUUCACAUAUAAACAUUCUUUAGUUAUCCAUGAAAAAACCCAUAGUGGAAUGAAACCAUACAAAUGUAAAGAAUGUAACAAAGAAUUCACACAAAAACAAAUAUUAGUUAUCCAUGAAAGAAUCCAUAGUGGCGUGAGAGUCGUGAGACCAUACAAAUGUAAAGAAUGCAACAAGCAAUUUACAAGAAAAAGUAAGUUAGAGAUCCACAAAAGAGUCCAUAUUGGAAUGAAACCAUACAAAUGUAAAGAAUGUAACAAAGAAUUCGUACAUAAAAAUUCUUUAGUUAUCCAUGGAAGAAUCCAUAGUGGAAUGAAACCAUACAAAUGUAAAGAAUGCAACAAGCAAUUUACAAGAAAAGAUCAUUUAGUUAUGCAUGAAACAAUCCAUAGUGGAAUGAAACCAUACAAAUGUAAAGAAUGUAACAAGCAAUUUUCACAAAAACAUAGUUUAGAGACGCAUAAAAUGAGUCGCAUCGGAGAGAAGCCGUAUAGAUGUGAAGAAUGUAAUAACCAGUUUACAUUAAAAUCUGAAUUAGAGAGACAUAAAAAAAUACACACCGAUGAACAAUCAUACGAAUGCGAAAUAUGUGAAACAGUUUUUUACGAUGAAAUAAGUUUAAUGAAACAUGUUGAAACACAUAUAUCCAGGAUACCAUAACUUAGUUGUUUCGUAAAAUGGUUUAUAAUAGCUCAGUUUAAUGUGGUUAUUCCAUCGACAGAGACGCAGCUACACGUAGUGUUCUAUUUGGAUUCAGUCAACAGAAUUUCACUCGCUAUUCACGUCAUCAUAUUGCUAGGUAGGUACAAUUUCAAAUACAAAUGCGUUUAUUUCAUUACUUGUUUUACAAAUGUUCUUAGUUAUAAGGGUUAGGUAGGUAAUUAGUCCAUCUUAGGUAUAAAGAUUAAGUAGGUAAGUAUUUAUCUAAAUGUUGUGCAACAAUUUGAUUGUGUAAGUAAUGAAAAAGGUACGGGUACAGCUUGCUGGAUUUAAACCCGCCCGCAUAGUCAACCGGGUGAAGCUAUUGAUUAAAUAUCUUGUCUAUGAAUCACAUUUUUUAUAUAUAACUGUUUGAAAAUUUUCAUAUCUAAUUAAAAUUUAUGGAGUUAGGAAAAUCGCGGGGGUCUGAACAUCAGUAUGUUCAUCAACUCUGUUGCCCUGUACGGUUGUACCUGUAUCAUAGAAGACACGCAUAAACACACACACACACACACACACUCACACAGAAUACUCCUGAAACCUGUUCUGUUUUUGCUAGAUUGUUAAUCGAACACUAUUAAAAUUUUGUCUAAAUUAAGUAUAAUUCUAGAUUAUCUCAAUUAGAUUAAUUAAGUGUAAUAUAACUUUUAAGAUUUUGUAAUAUAAUUGUGAGUGUUAGGCCCUAAUCUUGUUAUCUUGAGAUCUAUCGUAGGGGUGUGGACUGUAUAGGGUGCGGCAUAGGCAGCAAGGAUGGAGUAAAACAACUGGAGCUCUUCUUAAAUCAGAUGCAGGAGGGUCGAGGUCGGAGAGGUCUUCUUUUCUUCUUUUUGGAGAGGUGUUGCUUGCUUGGCUGCUCGAUUCGUAAUGGCUUCCUAUAUAUAUAUAUAUAUUUUUUUAACAUAGGCAUUAGAGUCGGCCGGACGAUUUUCCGGCCCUAUUUCUCUUUACCCUAAAAAGUAAUUAUUAUUAUUAGCUACCCUAAAACUAAUAUUAAACUAAAUUUACAGAUUAAUCCUAAUUAUUUGUAUACACAUUAAAAAGAGAAGUAAAAACCCUUGUACAACUCGCUAUAUUUACAGAUUUAAACUAACUUGCAAACUUUAACAAAUUGCGCAACAGUGAUUAGAAUGUCAACAAAAACAACCUUGAGCGUCGCACGUGCUGAGCACGUGGCGCGGCCGCGUCCCAUUCGCUAUCGCGGCAAGGGACACGCCCAUUCCCCGCCCUCGGCACGGCGACAUAGAGUAGUUACAAACAGAGUGGCCAUAUGGCAUGUAGUUUAAAUUUAUACAAUACUAAUUUGUAAUGGUAUAUUGUUCCUGGCUUUAACUAUAUUUUUUUUGUACAUUAUAUUUUAAAUGUUUAUACAAUAUUUCUACAAUGAGAUUUAUACAAUGUUUACACAAUGAAAUGAGUUAUAAAUUCAUUUAAAAUUUAUCCAAUGGAAAAAUAAUAAUAAUAGUGAAUAAUUAUUACAUUACGAGUUUGAAAUUGGACCACAACUGGACGGAGGCCUGGUGAAGUGGUACACUUGUGAAUUGUCUGUCGGAGGGGGAAGGUAUGUUCUGCCUUCUUCAAAUGGUUUACUCUUAUGUGCGAGUGAUAUCAGUUCUUUGUCGCAUUCUCUCUCUAUAUUGAGUGUGAUGGUGAAUAUGUCGUCAUCGUCUAGCAGCACAUGUCUUGGCCUGCGCUUUGGUUCUUUGAUGUUUGGACGUGGCUCAUAUUUAGCAGCCUUUUCGAUCAGCACAUUCGAGUUAUGCGCCGCCUUAUCAAAAUAUCUUCUAGAGAUUUCCUUGAAAUGUUUGCUUACAGACUGCAUGUCCAGGUCAGCAUGCAGUCGAAUGUUCCUGACAUAGAAGGGGGCGUUAGUAGCUCUCCUUAGGAAUUUAUUUUGCAGAGUUUGCAGGGUUCUGAUCUUAGCCCGCGUGGCAUGAGCAAAUGCCACGCUGGCAUAAGAGAAAACCGGUCUAAUACAGGUUUUAUAUAUGGUUAAUUUAUUCCUUAAGGAGAGCUUACUUUUAGCCCCCACCAGACAUGUCAACCUGGACACGUAGAAGGCGGCUUUGUUCCUAGUUUUCCGAAUAUGCUCACCGAAGUUGAGCCUUCUGUCCAGAGUUACUCCCAGGUAUUUGGUAGAUUCAACCCAUGGUAUCCUCUGGCCAAAAAGCUCAACUUGGCCAUGCUUACGCACUUGAUCAUGAUAAUUUAGUCUUCUGCUGAACAGCAUGGCAGCACUCUUUUCCGGGUUGACCUCUAUCCUCCAUUUACGGCACCAAUCUCCGAGGGAACUGAUAGCUCGUUGGAGGAGAGAGGCCAGCCUGUUCGGGCAUGUUGAUGUGGCAAAGAUCGCCGUGUCAUCCGCGAAAAGCGCGUAAUUGACCUCGGCGAUCCUUGGCAGAUCAUUCACGAACAGCGAGAAGAGAAUUGGUGAGAGCACAGAGCCCUGAGGGACUCCAGCAUGUAUUGGGUGAAGGGGAGACAGGGUCCCCUCCACCCUAUACCUAAACCCGCGGUUCUGCAGGAAAUCGUGGAUUAGUAGUACCAACCUGUCUGGGAGAUCAUAUUUGAAAAGUUUAAAGAUCAACCCACCGUGCCAUACUUUAUCGAACGCUUUUGCGAUGUCGAGAAAGACGGCACCAGUGGGGACCGAUCUUUUCAUCCAGUACAGGAUGUGUUCCGUGAUCCGGUGGACCUGGUGAGUGCAGGAAUGUCCAGCCCUAAACCCAAAUUGUUCGUUUAUAAUGAGUUCCUUCUCAUGUAUAAACUCCCCUAUCCUUGCUUGGAUAACACGCUCAUAAAGCUUACCUAAUGAGCUCAGAAGACUAAUUGGCCUGUAGCUAGUUGGGUGUAUCCUAGGCUUGCCUGGCUUUGGGAUUCCUAUUACAUGCGCCACCUUCCACUGAUCAGGGAAGUGCGAAUUCGCCAGCGCCGCAUUGAACACAUUCGCCAAGAAAUGUAUUAACCUAUUAGGGAAGGCGCGCAGCAACCGGUUGGGUAGACCGUCUGCCCCUGGAGCCUUCUUAACUUUCAAUUUCCGAAUCAAAAAUCCUAUUUCUGUGAACGAGGUAUUCCUUAAAGUGGGACUAUUUAAUGGGAGCACCAACCUCCCGCGCACCUCCUCUUCCACCUCCGCCAAGUGGUCUGGGUCGUGAGGCUCCUUGCUUAAAGAGCAUUGGGCCUCCAGGCUGGACGCCAGGCACUCAGCUUUUUCAGCAUCAGAGAAGGCUGGCGGGCAAUUUGGGGGCGCAUCCGGUAUGAUCAAUGGGGGCAUUUGAGUUACUUCAUCAAUUUUGAAGGUCCUAACAAGAUUCCAAUACGCUGUGUGGCUUGGAGAAAUUUCUUUCAAGAAAUUUCCCCAUCUAUCAUUCCUGAAAUCUUUUACACCCUUUUUGAAUUCUUUACAUAAUUUAUUUACUACAGCCUUACGUUGUGGAGAGGGGCAAAUGUCGUAGGCCUUUAAUGCGGCGUUCUUUCUUCUUUUGAUAUCUUGUAGCUGAGGCGGCAACUUCCAUUUGUUAUAGUUCGCCUCAUCCGUAAUCUGUUUGCUAUGGCGGGACAGUAGGUCUGAUAACUCAGUCGUCAGGUACGAGAUGGCAUUAUCCGUGUCCUCUCUGGACGAGAUGUUUGUCGGGAGGUUUUUGAUUAUAUCCGAGUCUUCUUGCGCAAGCUCCUUGCUGACACCAUCCCAGUCAGUGACUAGUUUGGUGACAGGGGUGGCCGACGGAGAAGGACCCAGUUUGAGGAUGACCGGUCUAUGAUCUGAAGUCAUCACAUGGAUGACUUCAACAGAUCUGAAUCUUAAUGAAAUGUUCCUAAGAAGAAAAAUAUCUAAAAUGUCAGGGGCCAGACCGACAGUAGGUGGAAAAUGGGUGGGCUCUAGUGGGGUAAUAAUAUCUACUCUUAAUAAGUCAGUGCCUUUCGCUGAAGAUGUUAACUUGUAUAAUUCCCUACCAUUUGGGUUGGCCGUUCCGCAGUUCCACAGAGUGUGCUUUGAAUUCAGAUCGCCAGCCACAAUGACUGACUCACUCAAUCCAAAAACACUCUCCAAGUCGGACCGCAGAACAGCCUUCGCGGGCGGGAGAUAUGCUAAAACUAUAGUUAUAGCUUGAUGGCCAGUCAUAGCUAAACGACAAGCUGAUAUUUCCAAAUUAAUAAGAUCGGGCAAUUGAACAGGUGAACAGUGGAGGGCUUUUUUAUAAUAAAUAAGAGUCCCACCACCUCUUCCGCCUACACGGUCAUUCCUAAUAAUAUUAUAGUUUGAUAUUUUAGGAUCUCUAUGGGCUGGUUUUAAAAAUGUUUCCUGAAUCAGCAAUAUGUCUAAAUCAUGCUCUCUAAGAAGACUACUGAUUUCGUCCCUUCUAUCUUUCAUGCUAUUUGCAUUGAAAAUUCCUAAAGAUAGGGAGCGCGGGGCUAUCCUUCCGUUAGAGGUGAAACAACUUCUAGGUCGUUCACAAUCCAUUAUGGUUGGAUAAAGUUUUUAAUUUGCCUAAAAAGUGAUUCAUGCUUCAUCAUGACACUGAUCUGUUGGGUGGGCCCAAUCGCACUCCUGAUCUCGGCAGCCGCCUGCCGGACCUGUGUAAUGUCUAUUUUGGUCACCAAAUCAAUCAGCAGACUCAGGUCUGCCAUGUCUGCUAAUGUAUUGGGUUGAGAGGGGGGCCCACUUACCUCUGGGACCUGCUUAGGCGAGUUUAUCAUCGCCUCCAUCUCCAUACUGGGGUUUGGGUUUCUUUGACUAAAUUGGGUAUUUACCCAAUAGUUCCUGGGCUUCCUCAUUGAAGGGAAAUCCUUUUCAUUUGCAAUUGCAUCGUCCUGGGUAUUUUUGGGUAUUUCCCCAUUUUGGGUAUUUCCCCAAAUUACCCUGCGCUUUGGUCUGGGACACUCCGAGCACCCUCGGUAGUUUCCCGUGUGUUCCUGAUUACAAUUGGCACACUUCACAGGUACCUUGCUUUUCCCAGCUCGUCUUUAUUUGGGCAAGUCCUAGACUCAUGCCCACCGGCACACCUAACACAUCGCGGGUCUAACUUACAAUAUUUGGAUGAGUGGCCCCAUCCUUGACAGUUGUAACACUGAGUAGCGUAGCCCGACUUGCGCGGGGGCUCUGCAAGUACCCCGCUCAGUCCACAUACAGCUUUAAUAUUAAAAAUAGCUAGCCCUUGGGGGGUGCGUUCGCACACAGCGAGCACACAAUUAAGGGCUGUCUUGUCUCUAGUACGAUGCAUUCUAUGCACGCUUAUGACUGGGUACCCUUGCUCAAUCAGGUCGUCCUUAAUAAAAUCUGUGUCUAGUUCUACGUCUAAACCCUUAAUUACCACUCUGACAUUUUUCUCAUCAUCCAGAGCGUAUGUAUAGUAUCCUUUAACUAUUAACCUCUCCCAGGCCCGAAAUUGUUCCUUGUUUUGGGUAUAAAGGACUAGUCCUUUUCUAGUCAUUACAGCUUUAACAAAGUUUAGUUUUAUUCUAUUUGCCUCUCUAGAUAAAUGUUGCCACCUACCUUUAUUUUUAACUACAAUGAUCGGGGGCCGUCUCUCCUUUUUGGCAGUGUCAACCUCCAUUUCUUCAUUAACAAUUUCCUGAUUGUUGUGACUAUUAUUAUUUACACUAGUAGGUACUACAACCUGUGGGCUAAGAACUACCGGGCUGAGG